AUGAGUGAGAUAAUAUACGUGUCACCUCAACUGUAUUUAAUUUCUCAAAAGGAUUGGAAAAGUGAAGCUUCAAAGAAAGGUUUCAUACCAAUUUUGAAAAAUGAUCUAGCAAGUUUUCAAAAUAAUCUAAAUUCAAUUAAAAAUGGUAUUCUGCUGACAACUUCAACUAAAAAUGAUAGAUCAAAUCAUAACACGAAUGGAAUUACCUCCAAUGUCAUAGGAGGUAAAGAAACUGGUCAACUUUCAGAUAAUAACUCCACUCCUUCGUUAUAUCAACCAUUGAAACAAUUUUUACCAAUAUCUUUGAAACAACAAUUAUUCACCAUAUCUUUAAAAGGUAUCCCAUCAACAUUGUUGCCUAAAAAUAUCGAACGAUUCUUGAAAGACCUGGUUUUAUUGGCAGGAGGUAAAGAAUUCGUAUUAGAAUGUUGGAGUAAUGUUUUAUUUCCUGGUUUAGAUGCGCAAGAUCUUUUCAUAAGAUUUAAUAAAGAACAAGAAGAUAAUUUUGUUAAAGUUAUACAAUGCUGGAAAGGUUUAUUGAAAGCAUCGCAAGAUGAUACAGAGGAGAGGCUGGAUGUCCAGUUACACUAUGAUUCAAAUACUAGCAAAUUUAUCAAAGAUCAUGCAGUGAAAUUAGAAUCAGAUGCAGAGCUGCUGAAGCUUUGUGAUAAAUUCAAAGAGUUGCUAUCAUGGUUAAAGGAAAAAUCGAUAUCAGACAAGAAAAUCCUGAAUGAAAAUGACUUAGAAAAUUAUGAUAGUGAAUCAGCGCUACAAUAUAAAAUCGAUAUGAAUACACUGGGUGAUUUACCUAGAAGUUCCUUAGACCAAUUGUGUAAAGAUAUUAUUGAGUUCAGAACCAAAGUUGUAAGGAAUGAAAAUGAAAAAAGGGUUAAAGAAUCGCUUGAAGAAUCUAGAAGAAGGAAGCAACAGAUGUUAAAAACUUUUGCUCAAAUUAAAAGAACUAAAGAUAAGAACCCCACAAGUUUGGAAAAUCAAUCUAUGAACGAAGAAGACGAAGCUGAAGAUGAUGUGGACCUGAACACAAAUGAAGGUGACAAAACUUUGGAUUUAACACUAGAAAAUCAACGUUUGCAAUCACUGAAGGAAGAAGCUGAUGAUAGAUAUAGAAAACUACUGAAUGAUUUGAAUUCUAUAAUUGGACCUAGAUUAGAAAUUUUGAAAAGUAAAAUUGACUCCUCCAAGAGUUAUGAAGAGGAGUUAUUACAACAGAAAUCUAUAAACCUGAAAACUUUAAUCCAUAAUUCGGAAGAUUCUUACUACGACCAUCGUCGGUCUUUUAAGGAAAAAGAAGAGUAUGAUGAUAGUAUAAACAGAGAGAAAUAUGGUACUGAAGUCCCAGUUCCAGUCUCUGUCAGUAAGUCUAUUCGUGUCAAACAUGAUAUAUCUUCUUCCCAGCCAAGCGCCGCAACUGGAUCCAUAUCUGGUGAACAAGAAGGUAAACCGGAAGAAACUGUCGAUGAAGUCAAUAUUAAAUUUUCCUUUAAGAAAGCUAUUGAUAAGCAUGUUGAGGCUUCCAGUGAGGAUGAGUCUGCUCAUGAAGUAGAGAAAGAAGCCCAACAAUCUCUCGAAUCUAACCGUCUCGAAGAAGGUGUUCCAGCAGAACAAGUGUUGACUUUUACUGACGACGAACUUGAUGAAAGAUUAGCCAAGUUGAAAGAAUCUCGUGCCGUUGACGAAUUGGUUAAGGAAUAUCUUGGCGUUUACGAGGAUGAUUUGGUUGAGUACAUAUUCGAAAAUAUAAAGGAACAUAAAAGCAAAGCUAUGUUAGUAGAAGAUUUAAAGGAAACCUUCGAUGAAGAUAGUGUUGCCAUGGUUGACGUGAUAUGGAGCAGAAAAGAAUUAAGCAGUUAA